CUUGUCGCGAGAGAGACGAGACGGGCCGCGGUUGCAGUCGUCUUCCUGCUUUAUUCAAGAAAGGCUGAACUUGUCCUUUUUUUAUUUUUGUGUGCGGAUGAACAGCUAAGGUGGACUUGAAAACCUCCAAUUAUGAACAUAAACACGAGAAAAUUGCUAGGUAUAUGCUUGCUUUUGGCAAACUGUGAUUACUCAGAGGGAUCUCUCUCAUUCAGGGAUAACACAUCCCUUGCGCUACAAGAGACACCAACCGGAGGCACUCAGGUCAGUAUAAUUUGGUUGAAUAGCUUCUUAUCAAUGCUGGCAACACCUGAGGAACGCGCAAGGCCCUGUUACUGCCAUCUCCUGUACGAUCAUCCCAACACAGAUGCAGCCAGCUUCCUGUUGGGCUCUGCUGGAAGAAGAUUUGAUAUGACAAUUCUCAAGUACGACGACGCCACAUCUGCAACAACACUGAGUCAAGGAAUACGUUAUGCUGUUUCUUCCGCGAAAUACAUAUUGGUGUUCUGCUCUCCGACAGACGUGGUGAAAAUCUUUGAAAUGGUCAAAGAAAAGGGACUGGAGCGUUACUCCGUCUUAUGGUUAAUAAUUCUCAAGGACCGAGACGAAAAUCAAACGAUAGCAGACCUCGAAAAGGUACUUCGAGAGGGAAUUCGAGUUAUCCUCGUCGUAGGAUAUUCCGAAGGAACAAUUACAUUUCGAUCAACUUUUGUUAAUCUUGAAGGAGCCGUUAGGUUCCAAAAAACAGCAAAUCAAUACAGCAAUGCCAGUCAAAAGGACACCUUGCCAGGCUUUUUGAAACUGACCAGUUCACCGCGUGACCCCCAGAUGAAAGGGCGUGAGCUUAUAUUAGCUGCCAAUGACAACUGGCCCUUCUUUGGAAUCGGGAGAGGACCUGGAUCCUUCGGUGGUAGGAAACGAAACGUUGGGAUAGACGUCAGCAUUGUGGACACCCUCAGCUCGUCUCUCAACUUCACGUAUAGAGUAGUGAGCCCUGCCGACGGCAAGUGGGGAGGGCCACUGCCCAACGGUACAGUGACCGGCCUCAUUGGUAUGGUGAACCGACAUGAAGCAGACCUUGCAAUUUGCGAGAUCACCGUUACUAGCGGUCGGGAGAGCGUCGUUGACUUUACGAAUCCUUACUAUCAAGAGUCGAUUACGCUGAUCUCGAGAGCGCCAGCGGAAAAGAGCAGAACUUUCGCCGUUUUCUCUCCUUUCACUGUUCAGGUAUGGAUCAUCAUAGUCGUAUCGUGCUUGGCAAUGGGUCCAAUACUGAAGCUCGAGUACAAGGUCUUAGCUCGUUACCUAAGGGAGAAAAAGGUACCGAAAAAAGAGGCUCAGCUUUCGAGUUCGACUUACGCCUUCAACAUGUUCAGGAGUCUCAUGCUGCAAGGAAACCCCAUAGAGACUCCCUGCUGGUCGCGCCGGUUCAUUUUCUACUUCUGGUACAUAUUUUGCUUGAUGGUGUCUGCCCUGUACUCUGGAACCCUAACAGCAGUGCUAGCCAUUCCUGCCUACGAGAAGCCCGUAGAUUCCUUAAAUGACCUUCCUAAAGCUAUUAAGGAUGGAUUUACUCUAGGGACAGUUAAGGAUUCCAGCCUAGAAUUCCUGUUCAAGGAGGCGAAGGAGGGUAUUUAUCAAGAUGUCUGGAAGUUGUUCAACCACGCCGACAGGUCCAAGAGCUUCCUUGAUUUCCCUGAACAAGGAUUUGAUAAGGUUCUUCAAGGAAAGUUCGUCUUCAUCUGCCCAAGGCUUGCCUCAGAAAUCUUUGCCCGAAAGAGGGGCAGGAGGAAAUUCUACUUCGCCCGACACAACUUCUACCCACAAGGUUACGGCAUCGCGUGCACAAGUGGGUCUCCAUUCAAGAAGAUAUUUGACCGAAAGUUAGCGAGGAUGGUAGAGGCAGGUCUGAUCAUUAAAUGGGCCACAGACGAGGCACAGAAGGUGUCGAUGAUCGAUAAGACCCCAAGUAACGAAGAAGGGACCGACCAACUGGCCAUCACCCUCCAACACCUCCAGGCAGCCUUCUUCGUCCUUAUGCUGGGAUACCUUAUUGCAGCGCUGGCACUGGUGGCAGAGAACAUUCAUAAACGACAUUUUGGAAGGCCUACUGAUGAGGAAGAGGAAAUCGAUAAAGAUAAACAGCUGUGAUUGCACAAAAUAUUAUCAUUGAGGGAUAUAUAUAUGUGUGUGUGUGAUUAGUAUUACUCGAUGAUAUACUCAAAUAUAUGUACA